UUUGGUACCAUGGCAAGAACCAAGCAGACAGCGCGUAAGUCCACCGGUGGCAAAGCCCCGAGAAAACAAUUGGCUACCAAAGCUGCUCGUAAGAGUGCCCCGGCUACCGGCGGUGUCAAGAAACCUCACCGUUACAGGCCUGGCACCGUGGCGCUGAGGGAGAUCCGCCGUUAUCAGAAAUCCACAGAACUGCUGAUCCGUAAGCUUCCCUUCCAGCGCCUGGUUCGUGAGAUUGCUCAGGAUUUCAAGACCGAUCUUCGUUUCCAGAGCUCUGCCGUCAUGGCCCUACAGGAGGCUAGUGAAGCUUACUUGGUGGGUCUGUUCGAGGACACUAAUCUGUGCGCCAUCCACGCUAAGAGAGUCACUAUCAUGCCUAAGGACAUCCAGCUGGCCCGCCGUAUCCGCGGAGAGCGCGCUUAAAUUUACGGGAGCGCUCUUUGAUUUCCCCCAAAACACCCUAAAGGCUCUUUUAAGAGCCGCCUAAGUAUUUCAACGCAAAAGAGCAUUUAAUAGUAACUUUAGCGUUCUUUAGUGUUCUGGCUUUAUUUUU